AGCAGAUAUGGUUCUCUUGAUCGCUUCAAAAAUGUAGGGGUAAACGUGUAUUAGACAAAGCAAGACAGAGUAUUGGGUACCUAUUCAUAUAUUAUGUCAGAGCUACUACAUACACGAUCUUGCAAUUAAUACCACUGUGAGACUUCUGGUUCUGGGUAGAUAGAAUCCGAAAUGGUAAUUGAAAUCCAGGUGAGGGUAAUUUGGUCAUCUAUUCAAGAAUCGCAAUCGCAUGUUUUGACCUCCCAUCUCCACAAUUGGAAGCUCCAAUUGCACCUGUUAGUACUCCACAUAAACCGAUAACCCCGCGAUCCAGCUCCAAGCCUCACCAACAUCAAGCUCGCUCAACCCCAACACCACAAACACAAACCACGAUACCAAACACAAUGUCUUCAGCAGCAGCCUGCAUAUUCUGCAAAAUCGUCAAAGGUACCUCCAAUCCCACAACCACCUCGCGCAUCCCUCAAUCAACCUCCCAAGUCCCAGCAACACAACAGAAACACCAGCACUCUGCGCGCAAGCUAACCAAGCCCCAGGCGACAUCCCCUCCUUCAAACUCUUCGAAUCCGAUAAAGUCCUCGCAUUCCUGGACAUCAAUCCGCUGUCGCGUGGUCAUGCUGUAUGCCCUUUUCCCUCCAGUCCCCGCUGGUUUCCCCCGGUUCCCUUUGGCGCAUACUUUAUACGCCUGCCGCAAGAUAGGUUAUAAAACGAAGCGGGAAAUAGGAUAGAGACGAAAGACAGUCAGCUAACGAGCGAAAUAAAGCUAGUUAUUCCCAAACACCACGGCGAGAAAUUAGUUGACAUACCCGAUGACCAAUUAUCCGAGAUCUUGGUAAGUCAACAUCUUCUAUCCCACCUACCUUUACCCCUCUCCCACCCAUACAUCUAUACGAAAUCCCCCCACAGUCAAGAAGUCUUCGUGAUGAGAGAACUAACACCAGGAAACGCCACAGCCCGUAGUAAAAAAACUAGUCAAAGCAACGGGAGCAGAGAACUACAACGUCCUGCAAAACAACGGCCGAAUCGCACAUCAAGAGGUGGAUCAUGUAAGUCCUACCCUUCCCCCUUUCCCAUCCAAACACAUGAGUUAUAACUAACCACCACCUUCCAGGUUCAUUUCCACAUGGUACGUCCACUCCAACAUCACGUCAUACACACAAUACAAUGUAAUUUCGGAAUCGAGCUUCAAGGAAAUUUCAGAUGGAGGAAGUGCUGACACCCAAACAAUAGAUCCCCAAACCUAAUGAAAGCGAAGGCAUGUCCAUCGGCUGGCCACAACAGAAAACCGACAUGGAGGGAUUAAAAGCUUUAUUAGCAGAUAUCAAGUCGAAGAUGUGAAAUUCUACUACUCCACUUAGUGAGAUACGCAUAUGGGGCAAGCAAGCAAGCAAAUCCCCACGAAAAAAGAAACAAAGGAUGGAAGGAGAGUACAGAACUUACGCAAGAAAAAACCAUGAUGAAAAUGAGAUUAAUGAUAAUGGUAGUACCUAGUAUGUUGAUUUGAAAGAAAGUGGUGAUUCUCGUAUUCCAAAAAA